AGGGAGGUGUGGGGUUUGGAGGAGGAGGAGGGAGGUCGUGUCUUUUCCUAGGCCUUCUUUGGAGAUUUGCUGAAGGGCAAAACUAAAGGAAAGGGAGGCGACGGCCCUUCAAUGUGUGCCUUUUUCCAGGGAGAGGCUAUGGUGUGGCUGGACUGCGCCUGUGGCUCUUAAAAGCAGCCGCUUCUCUUUCGCUAGCCAUGGCUCUGAGGGAACUCAAAGUUUGUCUGCUCGGGGACACUGGAGUGGGGAAAUCGAGCAUUGUAUGGCGCUUUGUAGAAGAUAGCUUUGAUCCCAACAUCAAUCCAACAAUUGGAGCAUCUUUUAUGACCAAGACAGUGCAGUAUCAGAAUGAGCUGCAUAAAUUCCUAAUAUGGGAUACAGCUGGGCAAGAACGAUUUCGUGCUCUAGCACCAAUGUACUACCGAGGUUCUGCAGCAGCUAUUAUAGUCUAUGACAUCACAAAAGAGGAAACAUUUUCAACAUUAAAGAACUGGGUGAAAGAACUUCGACAGCAUGGCCCUCCCAACAUUGUUGUUGCUAUUGCUGGAAAUAAGUGUGAUCUUAAUGAUGUAAGAGAAGUCAUGGAAAAAGAUGCUAAAGACUAUGCAGAUUCCAUCCAUGCAGUAUUUGUAGAGACCAGUGCAAAAAAUGCAAUAAACAUAAAUGAACUGUUUAUAGAAAUUAGUCGUAGAAUUCCAUCAACUGAUACCAGCCCCCCAUCUAGUGGCCCCUUCACAGACGUUGUUACCACGAAUCUGAAACUUGGCAACCCUACAGACAGAAAUGUGUGUUUCAAAGUGAAGACUACAGCACCACGCAGGUACUGCGUAAGGCCCAACAGUGGGAUUAUAGAUGCAGGAACAUCAAUUAAUGUGUCUGUGAUGCUACAGCCUUUUGAUUAUGACCCUAAUGAGAAAAGUAAACACAAGUUCAUGGUUCAGUCGAUGUUUGCACCCCCCGAUACUUCAGACAUGGAAGCAGUAUGGAAAGAAGCAAAGUCAGAGGAACUCAUGGAUUCAAAACUUAGAUGUAUGUUUGAGCUGCCAGCAGAAAACGAUAAACCCCAUGAUGUAGAAAUAAAUAAAAUUAUAUCCACAGCUGCAACAAAGACAGAAUCUUCUGUAAUGUCGAAAUCUUUAAGUUCUUCUUUGGAUGACAGUGAAGUUAAGAAAGUAAUGGACGAAUGUAAGAGGCUUCAAUUAGAAGUUCAGAGGUUACGAGAGGAGAAUAAACAAUUUAAGGAAGAAGAUGGACUGCGGAUGAGGAAGGCACCCCAGACAAACCACCCGAGCUUUGCUUCAGCAACUGUUGCGAAGGAGGAGGGGCUCAGCGCUAGACUACUUGCACUGGUGGUUUUGUUCUUUAUUGUUGGCGUAAUUAUAGGGAAAAUCGCCUUGUAGAGGCAGCAUGCUGGGGCUUGUAAAUUGGAUUGAUGGAUCUGCCAUAUCAUUGGGAUUAAAUUUAUUCAUAAGAAAUGUUUAAAAAAAAGUGUAUGACAUCUCACAGGUCUUGCCUUUUAAAUUUUUACCCCUGCACAAAUAUAACAUUAACAUAACAUAAUCUUCUAGAAAGGUCGAAAUGAACAAGGAGUGAGCAGGAGAAAAGAGAUGAAUUACAUCUUGAUUGUGAGCAAUGAGGAAGAAAUCAUGUAUUUAACACUAUAAUGGUGCAUUGUUGUUUUUAAAAAAGUUAACUUUAAACAAUUCUUGGACUUUUGUAUGAAUUACUGGACCUCUCUUCUUUGGAGGAAAAAAAAUUUCCUCCAUUGAAGGAGUUGAUCGUUUUGGUUAUUUAGAGGUUGGAUUUAGGCAAGUGAGGUUGAUGGUCUUUCUGUAAAAUAUGCUAACCCACCAUUCCUCCUCCUAAAUUUUAACAGACUUGGGUCUAAGCACAGCUGAUGAUUCACCCUGAGCUCUCCAAGUGUGGUCCUGCCUUUCUCAGUAAUUCACAGGAGCUGUGAAUCACUGACUGUGUUGCUGAGGAGGAUCAGAGCUCCAGGAGGAAAGGGUAAGGACUCAGAGCAGGUUCAUGAUCCUGAAAGGAGCCAGCAGCAGUAGGGCUACUGAACAGAUGGUGUUUUUCUGCAGUUGGUCCCAGCAAGUCUGUAUAGAGAAAGGGUGCACCAAAAGCUUUUGGAGCUGUCCUAGGAGGCUAGGGAAGGAGAAAUGGAACGCGAGAAGUCACCCGCAAGCUUUUUGUUUUUUUAGUCAAGUAGCGAAGAGACGUAAUUGCCAGUGAUGGUUUGGAAACAUAAGGAACCCACUUCCUAGUUUUGGGAAGUGGACAUGAUACACCACCGAAAGCGCUCCAAGUUUAACUGUGGGUGCGGCUCCCUUUUAGCCAGGCUUUGUUGGAAAAAGGAGCAUCACAUUGAGCCGUUGCAUUGUGCACCCUCCCUUCCUCUCCUGCUCUUAGUCUGGUUAGAUCAAAUAGUUUCUUCCUGUCCAUCUGUGUUCUAAUCCAGAUGGCACCAUGUUAAACGGGGACCAUGCACUUCUUGCCUCCUUAUCCGUUGCAUCCAUCUUCUGUUUGUCAGCAAACUCCUGCAGGCUUAGCCACAUACUACAUUGUGUGUAUGUGUGUCUUGUUUCUUGCACAACCUUAUAUUUCACUCUUUAACCAUUUUACCUUCUCAUGAAGCUUUUGCAGAUCAGGUUUCUGUCCUGAACUAGAUGAAAGGCUGUCAGGGGUUUGGUCUUCUGGACCUGAGAAGGAACGGGUCCUGUUUUCGUGUGCCUAUCAGUAGCACAGCUUAGUUUAGUCUCUGCUGCAUUCUCCAUCUCUCCUCUCAACAGCCCAGCUAGGGAGAGAAAUAAAUUUGCUCCCUCUUUGCCCUUCAGUUGUUUAGUGCUGCCUUUUUUUAAAAAAAUGGUGCUGCAUCCAAAGAAGCAGCGUCUCUUGGACUGCGACUGACUGCAAAAAGGCAGAAAGAUCUGGGGACACAUGCAUAGAAGAACUUGUGGGCAAAAGUCAUGAUUCUAGGCAACCUAGUUGUCUUAUGUGUGGAAUGACAGGUGUAGACAACCCUUCCCCAACCAGAUUCCCUCUAGUUGACCCUGGGUUCUAGCUCUCAUCAUCCCUGACCACUGGCCAUACUGGUUGGGGCUGAUGGGAGUUGGGAGUCCAACAGCAUCUGGAACACGCCAGGUUAGGGCAGGCUGGUUUAGACACACAGCAUCCAGAUGUAUCUCCCUAUCUUCCAGCUUAACUGAUUAUCAGGAUACUUAAUCAAUGAAAAGCUGAGAGGAACUGAAUGCAGUCCCAUUGAACAAUUAAAAAAUGCCACUAGGCAGUCGUCUGUGUGUGACAGGUUGCACGGGAUGCGGGUCAAUGCCUUGCUGUUCUAAAAGGGGACCAAGCUACUACUUGCUGUUGGUUCAUGUAGCUGAGUUAAACUCCAUAUAUCCAGACGUUUAAUGCAUAUUUAACUUAUGUAAUGUACAUCUCAUGUUUUCUUUAUCAUCACAGAAGUUUGACUACUGUUAUAAAUGGUUAAGAAAGAAAAAGGCACCUGUUCAAAGUUGGUGAAUAGGACUAAUUUUUCCUUUUGUUGCUGUAGUAAUGAUGGAUUCUUCUGCCUCCUAACGCUUUGGGCACUACAUAAUUCUCGGUUUCGAUCACCUAAACAUUGGGGGAAACAGCAGACAGGAAAAUUGUUUUUGUAUAUAAAAAUAAGUCUAUGUAGGGGAAAAAUUAGUAGGAAUUAGUUCUAUGCUGUUAAAAAAAAAAAAGACCAAUCCUGUUUGACUAUGUAGCAUCUUUAAAAAAAUCAAAUAAAUCUACCCCCAAAUGAA